ACUUGUCUUCCCGGCUGCACCAGAACAUCACACAUCACAAACUCACAGGUGCUAGGGGCUAAAUUAAGUCAAUUGGUGUUAGUGUCUCUGACUCUGGCUGGUCUCUUUCUUUCUCACAGAUCCUCUGUCAGAUCCUCUCAGGUAUCUCAGGUGUGACGGAACACGGCGCACUGAAAGGAACACAGAAGGAGCUCCAGCAACAACAGAACUACCACCAUGUCUGCAGGGUUGGAGUUAGUGGGGAUCGCUCUAUGCGUAUUAGGAUGGAUCAUUGCCAUCGUGUCCUGCACCCUGCCCAUGUGGCGAGUAACAGCCUUCAUCGGCAGCAACAUCGUCACAGCUCAGAUCAUCUGGGAGGGCCUGUGGAUGACCUGUGUUGUCCAGAGCACAGGCCAGAUGCAGUGUAAGGUCUAUGACUCCAUGCUGGCCCUCUCCCAGGACCUCCAGGCCGCCAGGGCCCUCACGGUCAUCUCCAUCCUCCUGGCCAUCCUGGCCGUGCUCAUCGCCAUCGCCGGGGCCAAGUGCACCAACUGUAUUGAGGACGAGGCAGCCAAAGCUAAAGUCAUGAUCAUCUCUGGGGUGUUCUUCAUCGUGUCGGGAGUCAUGCAGCUGAUACCAGUGUCCUGGUCAGCCAACACUAUCAUCCGGGACUUCUACAACCCGCUGCUGACUGAUGCUCAGCGCAGGGAGUUAGGGGCAGCGCUCUACAUUGGCUGGGGGGCUUCAGCCCUCAUGAUCCUCGGGGGAAGCCUCCUCUGCUGUUCCUGUCCCCCUCGGGAGAAGAGGUACAACCCCUCACGGAUGGCAUACUCUGUCUCACGCUCUACCCCAGGUGGGCCCGGGUUCGAGAGAAAAGACUAUGUGUGAUGGGACGAUGGAUGGGACAAGGACUAUUUAUAUAGCAACCAAAAACAUUAUUCUACACGUGUUUCUAAUGGGGCUUCAUGAAUCCCAAGGAGACUCCGCAAUGAAGGGAUGUGUUUGUUUUUGCUUUUUUCACCAUUGUUUUGUUGGAUUUGUCUACGUGUGUACAGUACUUGUCUCUGUAAUAUCUACUCUGAAGGAAAAGCAUAGAAGUUCCAGGGCCGGAUUGUGUAAGAAAGAAGGAUCAUAUGCUUUCCAUUUGGGUUUAGUGAGAACAAAGGAAAUUAAAAAUAAGAUCAGUAGUCUCUACAUUUAUUAAUUCAAUUACAAGGUUUUAAGGGUUGGAUUAUUAGUGAGCUAUGCAUAUCCAUUGAAAAUAUAUCAAGCUCAUUUAAAUACAUACACAAGCCUAAUUGAAUUAAUGACAUAACGUUUGUACUUUUAUGAUUAUUCCUGUCUAAGAUGUUAGUCAUUGAGUCCUUUCAUAUUUUAAAUCACUAACAUUUCAUUAUUUCCGUAGCUUCAGGCAACGACGCUACAUCAAAUGAUAUAGAAUGUAGAAUAUUCAAUCAUUAUCUUCUCAUUGGCAUUUCUCUAUGUUAUUGCCUCAUAUAAAUGACGCAUUGCUUGGGUUUCAGAAACUAAGGAAGGCUGUUAAAAAUACUACAUUUGACUGAUACGUUAAUAAAACGACAGAGGUGGGAAAAAAAAUGUUUCACUGCAAGAAUACAGAAGAUUUAACAAAAUCAGUAUGUUCACAAAUACUUUUUUAAGGAACUGUGUUUAUUUUUUAUGUGGGAUUUGAAUUUUGUGUUGGAAUAUUUUUGCAUUUUGUUUUGUAAAAGACUUUGUGAAAGAGAUGCAUUUGUUUGAUGGUGAUGUUCUAUCAUCAGUGUGAUUGUGUGAUGUAAGCAUCUGUUUGGAUGCCAGGAAGAGUAACGACUGCCUUGGCAGCAGCUAAUGGGGAUCCUAAUAAGAUCCGAAAUACUACUAACAUACAGAGUACUGUAACUGUACUGAAUGCUGUCAACUGCACUCCAGAUAGAUGACAGAUGAAUUCAACACAGUGUGGAUAGUGGUGCACAGAGGGAAGGGAGAACAGGUUGGGAGCAGACGAACUGAAGGCCUCAGUGUUUUGGGGCAAUGAGGAGAAAUGGGGGCAUUGUGCACCUGUGUCCAGCCAGAACAGUGCUACAGUGUGUGUUAGUCCUGCAGUGUUAACUGCACAUCACCUGCUUUUUUAAUAAAGACAGUUAUUUUAUGAA